CUUAAAGUCGUGCGAGUGUUCCGUCCGCCCAAGUUCUUCCUCGUCUCUCUCAUGAAUCAUGGGAUGCUGUUCAUCCCAGCCCAUUGAUUUCAACUCUGAAGUUAACCUCUUUCAUUUUGAUCUGCACCGCGCUGUGGGCAAAGGUGCAUUCGGUAAAGUCAGAGUUGUCGAGCACAAGAAAACGAAGAAACUCUAUGCCCUUAAAUACAUCGACAAGUCUCGCUGUAUCCGCCAAAAGGCGGUAGCGAACAUCAUACAGGAACGCCGACUACUGGAAGAGAUCGAUCAUCCCUUUGUCGUCAAUCUUCGCUAUGCCUUCCAAGAUGACGACAAUUGUUUUUUUGUUCUAGACCUCAUGCUUGGCGGUGACCUUCGAUUCCACUUAGAUCGCAAAGGACACUUGUCCGAGGAAGUCGUACGCUUUUGGGUGGCAGAACUGGCUUCUGCCUUGGUGUAUCUUCACAAGCGUCGAAUCGUUCAUCGGGACUUGAAGCCAGAUAACAUCCUGCUUGACUCCGAUGGUCACGCUCAUAUAACGGACUUCAACGUUGCGAUUCACUAUUCGGAGCGACGGCUACAUACCAGCGUGGCGGGUAGCAUGGCAUACAUGGCUCCUGAAGUAAUCGGAAGGAAGGGAUACACGUGGUGCGCGGAUUGGUGGAGCUUAGGUGUCACCACCUACGAACUGUUGUUCAACCGCCGCCCCUUUGAGGGACGCACGACUGAUAGGAUGACAAAUUCUAUACUCAAAGAUGCACCCAAAUUCCCAGACGGCCCUAACCUAAGAUGCAGCAGCGCAGCUGUUCGAUUUGUUCAAGGUCUCCUUGAACGCACCGUGAGCGAACGCCUUGGUUGUAAACCUGGGGGCAAUACUUUCGAGGACAUAAAGAACCAUCCCUGGAUGUCAAGCAUAGAUUGGGCCAAGUUGACCUCGAAACAGUUGCAACCACCGUUUGUCCCCGACACGAGGAAGGCUAACUUUGAUGUAUCACACGAACUCGAUGAAUUCCUCAUGGUAGAAAAACCUCUUACUCACACGAAACGCAAGGCAAAUCUUGAUCUGGAGAAGCUGAAGCCAGAACUUAGACAGCUUGAAGAACAAUUCACCGUGUAUGAUUUUACGUCUUCGCAACGCAGAUCCUACUAUCCACACAAUCAACCUAUCACGACCGUCGUUCGGAGCUCGGGUUCUGAACCUAUGUCUGUUAUUCAAUCCCAGACGCAUACUUUACAACCGACGGCCACCAUGGCCGAGCGCUCCCUUGCUGGCUCGCCGGGGCCUGACACAACCUGGCACCAACCUAUGCAUCUUCCUUUGGCCAGCAUCUCUUAACGUACCUUGUUUCCAUAAUGUCAAGUAUAGCACAGUAAGUAGCCAGAGUAGUCUGUGGCACUCCUUCUGACUUGAUGAAUAUCUAGCAACGUCCUAAUGUGUAUCUCUUGCAUGCUUGGUUCUUCACAGGACACGCAUACUCUUCGUUCUUUUGGCAUACCUUCUAUUUUGUUGUCUGGGCGUCAACAUGACAAACCAAUUAUUACGCACCGUCGUUUUUGUAGCUGCAGCAUGUAUUCUAAAAUCUCGUGGACCCGAUGACACGCUAUGGCGCCUAUUGCACAGGAUUCAUAGAACACGUUUGAGGGAAUAACGCCCUGAGGUC